AUGGCUGGUUUGGUUUUGUGUGAACCAAAAGAGCUUUACAACAUCUUGAACCAGGGCACCAAGAUGUCCAGAUUAGCUGAACCCAACUAUCUUUGCUUAUUGGAUGUGCGCCCCAAAAAGGACUAUGACGAAAGUCACUUAAUCACCGCUCGCAGAGUAAAGAAGAAGGACAAUGAAUAUGUCGUCCCAGAGCCUGUGGAUCUGGAGUGUGUGCGCUACUGUGUCGUCUACGACAGCAACACUUUGAUUCUGAAAACAGACUUUAAAAACCAGGAUGGAAGCUAUGAGGACAUGGACAGUGAUAGGAACGGUGGCAACUUGGGCCCAAGAGCUGCUGUGGAGUGUGGCCGGAUGCUGAGCCGCUUCACCCGCGAGCCGGUUCUCAUCCUGAGAGGGGGCUACGAGCGCUUCUCGGCCUCGUACCACUUCUUCCGGACGCAGAAAAUCAUAUGGAUGCCUCAGGAGCUGGAUUCCUUUAAGCCAUACCCUUUUGAGAUCAUGGAAGGCAAGAUCUAUCUGGGCAAUUUUGCACAAGCCUGUGACCCUAAAAUCCAGAAGGACUUAAAGAUCCAAGCUCACAUCAACAUCUCCAUGGAGACUGGGCCCUUUUUUGUGGGCAAUUCGGACAAGCUUCUGCACAUCCAGCUGGAAGACUCCGUAGACUGCAGCCUCUUCCCCUUUCUCCGCCUCCUCUGUCACUUCAUUGAGCUUCACCUCGAGCUGGACUCGGUCAUCCUCAUCUUCUCCACGCUGGGCAUCAACCGAGGCUGUGCGGCCACCAUAGCCUUCCUCAUGCAUCACUACUCACAGACCCUGAAGAGGUCCUGUAACCAUGUCAGGAAAUGUCAGAAUGGCAUGAUUCUGAGCCGGAACCUGGUGCUUCAGCUGUCCCAGUGGGAGAAGGUGGUCCUUGGAGACAUCAUCACGGAUAUUCAGGAACCAUUUAACUGAUCCCUUCAUGCCAUCUGUGGGUGCUUCAGA